UCUCUCAAAGGCAAAACGUUGUGGCCGGCACAAUGAACGCCUACGAUGAGUAUAUGGAAGGAUUGGCAGACGGUGGAGGGUAUGGAACGUAUGCAGAUGAUGUUGAAGGGUACGGAGGCGAAGAUGAUAUUACACAACAAGGCACUUGGGAAAUCAUUUCGUCAUUCUUUGAAGAAAGUGGAUUGGUGCAACAGCAACUUUCCAGUUUUAACGAAUUCAUGACAAAUACUUUACAAGAGAUUGUGGAUGAAAACAAAAGUUUGACUUUAGAACAAAGUGAUCAACAUACAGGUCUUGAAGGAGAUAUUUCACGUAGAUAUGAAAUCGAAAUGGGUCAAGUUUACGUCUCCAAACCAGCAAUCACAGAAGCGGAUGGUCAAUCAUUACCUUUGAUGCCACAAGAAGCCCGUAUGCGAAAUCUUACCUAUUCAGCUCCUCUCUACAUGGACAUGAGUCAAAGGCGAUUGAUCGAAAGCGACAGUUACGAUCCAGUGACCGGAGAUCGAAAAUGGGUGGAUGAAGACGAGAACAACGUGAUUGAAGAUCAAAAGAUCUUUAUUGGAAAAGUUCCAAUCAUGUUGCAAUCCGACUUUUGUUACCUAAAAGAUCAAAACGAAUCGAAAUUGUACGAGUUGAACGAGUGUCCAUUGGAUCCGGGAGGCUACUUCGUCAUCAACGGUUCCGAAAAAGUACUUAUUGCUCAAGAACGUAUGGCAGCCAAUCACGUCUACGUCUUCUCCAAAGCGCCACCAGCACCUGUGACGUACCUUGCAGAAAUUCGAAGUGCGGUAGAAAAAGGUGGAAAGACGAUCAGUACGAUGCAAGUGAAAUUGUUCUCCAGAGCGAAGGAUAAGGCGAUGAACAAUGCCAUUCGUGCCACUUUGCCUUACAUUCGAAGUGACAUCCCGAUCGUAAUCGUUUUCCGCGCUUUGGGUGUCGUGCCAGAUCGUGACGUAUUGCAACAUAUUUGUUACGAUUCCAACGAUACGGCCAUGUUGGAAUUGUUGAAGCCAUGUAUCGAUGAAGCUUUCAUCGUUCAAGACCGCGAUCAUGCUCUCGAUUUCAUCGGUCGUCGUGGUGCACAAACGGGUGUGAACAGAUUCAAACGUCAACAAUAUGCACAAGACAUUCUGCAAAAGGAAAUGUUACCACACGUCUCAACUGCUGAAGGAAGCAGCACUCGCAAAGCAUACUUUUUCGGUUUCAUGAUUCACAGACUUGUCCUUACUGCUUUGCAAAGACGUGAGAUCGACGAUCGUGAUCAUUUUGGUAAGAAACGUUUGGAUAUGGCAGGUCCUUUGAUGACAUCGCUUUUCAGAUUGACAUUCCGCAAGUUGCUCAAAGAUGUUUAUCGCCAUUUGCAAAAGUGUGUGGAAGACAAGAAAGAGUUUACAUUAACUUCAGCAGUCAAAUCGUCUACGAUCACAAAUGGUUUGAAAUACUCUUUGGCUACUGGUAACUGGGGUGAUCAAAAGAAGAUGAAUACAAAGGUGGGUGUGUCACAAGUGUUGAACAGAUACACAUACGCUUCAACAUUGUCCCACUUGCGUCGUACAAAUACCCCCAUUGGUCGUGAUGGUAAGAUUGCCAAGCCACGUCAAUUGCACAAUACCCAUUGGGGAAUGGUUUGUCCGGCAGAAACACCAGAAGGACAAGCGUGUGGUUUGGUCAAAAAUUUGAGUUUGAUGGCAGUUGUUUCGGUUGGAUCGCCAAGUGGACCAAUCAUUGAAUUCUUGGAAGAAUACGGCUUGGACAGUUUGAUUGAUAUGCAAGUCGCCGAUCCACAUGCAACGAAGGUAUUCGUUAAUGGUGUUUGGAUGGGUACAGCCGAUAAUGCGACCGGCUUGAUCGAAACGUUGCGUGAAUUGAGAAGAAGAGAUGAUAUUUCGAACGAAGUUUCAGUCACGCAUGAUAUUCGUGAGAAGGAAUUGCGUGUUUAUACAGACGCCGGACGAGUGCAAAGGCCUUUAUUCAUUGUCGAACCGGAAACGCAAAACCUUCUCGUUAAACAGAAGCAUGCUGAUUGGAUUACAGACGGAGUCAAGCCAGACGGCACACAAUUUGGAUGGAGUGAAUUGCUGCGUGAAGGUGUGAUCGAACUACUGGAUGCAGAAGAAGAGGAGACCUGCAUGAUCUGUAUGAGCCCUCAAGAUUUGUCGAACUCGAAGCUAUAUCGUGCCAAUCCGGAUACUUAUCAAUCUCGGUCGGCGGAUCCCUCAGCACGGUUGGUGUCUGUUCAGACUCUGCUCCCAGAUACAUUCACACACACGGAAAUGCACGCUGCAAUGAUUCUUGGUGUUUGUGCUUCCAUUGUUCCCUUCCCCGACCACAAUCAAAGUCCUCGUAAUACGUACCAAAGUGCGAUGGGUAAACAGGCUAUGGGAAUCUAUUUGACGAACUUUGACAGACGCUUUGAUACAAUGGCCAAUACGCUUUACUAUCCUCAAAAACCUCUUGCUGCCACACGUUCGAUGAAUUAUCUUCGUUUCAGAGAAUUGCCGGCUGGACAAAACGCAAUAGUUGCAAUUCUGUGUUACAGUGGAUACAAUCAAGAAGAUUCCGUCAUUAUGAAUCAAUCGUCGAUCGAUCGAGGCUUGUUCCGUUCCCUGUACACAAAGACGUACUUUGAGAUGGAGAAGAAGACUGCAAUGAUGUCAUUGGAGGAAAUCGAGAAACCAUCACCAGUUACAGCAAUCCGAAUGAGGCCUGGAAAAUACGAAAAGAUCGAAGAAGACGGUCUUCCGGCUCCAGGAACUCGUGUUUCCGGUGAAGAUAUCUUGAUCGGUAAAACUGCGCCAUUGCCUCCAGACAGUCAAGAAUUGGGUCUGCGUACCAAAUUGCAUACAAAGAGAGAUGUCAGUACUCCUCUAAAAUCUACCGAAAGCGGUAUUGUUGAUGAAGUCAUGCUUUCGACCAACGCUGAUGGUAUCAAGAUUGUCAAGGUUCGUGUUCGUAGUACCCGUAUUCCACAAGUUGGUGAUAAGUUUGCUUCUCGUCACGGUCAAAAAGGUACAAUUGGUAUCACUUAUCGCCAAGAAGAUAUGCCGUUCUCUUCACAAGGAGUCACACCUGAUAUUAUCAUCAACCCUCACGCUAUUCCAAGUCGUAUGACAAUCGGACAUUUAGUCGAAUGUUUGUUGAGUAAAGUAGGUGCUCUUUCUGGUCAAGAAGGUGACGCAACUCCUUUCUCUGAUUUGACUGUAGAAUCUGUCAGUCAACAAUUGGCUCGAUUGGGAUUCCAAAGUCGUGGAUUUGAAGUGAUGUAUAAUGGACAUACAGGACAAAAGCUUCAAGCACAGGUAUUUUUGGGUCCAACCUACUAUCAACGUUUGAAGCACAUGGUAGAUGACAAAAUCCAUUCUCGUGCCCGUGGACCAGUGCAAAUCUUAACUCGACAACCCGUCGAAGGUCGUUCGCGUGGUGGUGGUCUCCGAUUCGGAGAAAUGGAACGUGAUUGUAUGAUUUCACACGGUAUCGCUGCAUUCUUGAAAGAACGUAUGUAUGAUGCUUCUGAUGCAUACCAACUUCACGUUUGCGAUAAUUGUGGUUUGACGGCAAUCGCUUAUUUGAAGAAAAAUCAAUUCGAAUGUCGUUCUUGCAAAAAGAGAACAGGUGUAAGCACAGUCAAAAUUCCUUAUGCGGCCAAAUUGUUAUUCCAAGAACUCAUGUCGAUGGGAUUGGCAUGUCGUUUGUACUGAAAGAAAUCUUUGCCUUUUCAUUUUGUUUUCUCAUAAAUAUAAAAUUCUCUUGUCGUGUCAUGUAUUCAUAUCCUACCACCCUUAUAUAUCAAUGCAAAAAAUGGAAGGCGGGCCCUGAGUAGGGCCUCGUAUUGCAAACAUACAUAUGAAAAUAGAAUCUGAAAUCACGGACAGCCACAGAUGAUAGUCCUGUUCACAUAUUGCGGUUCUUUCGCCGCUCCGAAGUUCUCCGAUCGAAUUUCCAAUCUUGGGUAGGCAUGGGAUGAUGAGUCAGCAUUUGAAGAUAGAACGGGACUAACACCACUC